AGGAGACACGCACGCGCAUGUCACAUAGCGACACUCCUCAGCGCGCGCGCGCGUCUCCUCGCCCUCUAUCUCCAGAAACUCUUGAGAGACAGCCGGCGCCUUGGACUGCGAAGAUGAUCAUACUUUGCUUAACGAUAUUUGCGAACGUUUUCAAGACUGGAUGGACCGGCACAAACGAGCGCACGUUCAUCGCAGUGAAGCCAGACGGAGUUCAGCGCAGGCUGGUCGGUGAAAUCAUCCGCCGCUUCGAGCGCAAGGGUUUCAAACUGGUCGGCAUGAAGCUCCUGCAGGCAUCAGAGGAGCAGCUCAGACAGCACUACAGGGACCUGAGGGAGAAGCCUUUCUACAGCGGCUUGGUCAAAUACAUGAGCUCUGGGCCCAUUGUUGCAAUGGUAUGGCAAGGACUGGAUGUGGUGAAGACUGCCAGAAAGAUGCUUGGAGAGACAAACCCAGCAGACUCUCUCCCAGGCACUAUCAGAGGAGACUAUUGUGUUGAAGUGGGCAGGAAUGUGAUUCAUGGCAGUGAUUCAGUUGAAAGUGCUCAGAGAGAGAUUUCUCUGUGGUUCAAGCAUCACGAGUUGUUCUGCUGGGAAGAGUGCAGUGAGCACUGGAUCUAUGCUUGAAACCCAUCAUAUAGCACUCACGCAGUCUUCAUUCAAUACAGCUUCUGCAGCUUCAUCUGCUCCUUACAGAGAAAACUCUGCCCAAGCCAUAAAGUGACCAAAAUAGGAAAAGCUAGCUAGGUAUGUUGACAGAGUAACCUGCAUUUGUUUGUAUUUCCUGAAAAUCCAGUUAUUGGUCAAGCUAUCUUGAAUGUAAUGGUUUUCUUACGGCUUUCUUUGCAAAUGUUUAAUCUUCACAGAUAUUCACGUCAUUACUAAUCUUUAGUAGGUUGGUAAGUCAUGCACUACUCUAAGAUAUUUUAUUUGAGGUGUUUACAUCCCCUUGAAAGAUGUUGUUUACAUUUUUACCUCCAACUUUUGAUAUGGAAAUGCUUCUUGUCAUCUUGAUGCACUCUGUAAAAUACUUAUUUUAAUCAUGACUCAAAAGGAAAGCAGUAAUGAAUGAUAAAGAGCCAGCAUGCUCUG